UGGCAAAGCUCACUAGUUUUUUUCACUUCCACGAUUGAAAAACUGAAAAAACACCGGGAGACCGAAGAAAUUUAAUAGAUCCUACGUAAAACAACAGCUAAAAUGGCCAGCCCCGUGGAACUACUCAGCCUCACAAAUCCCGUCUUCAAAAGCUUCGUUUUCUGGGUAGGAGUGCUGGUGAUCAAAAUGCUGCUCAUGAGCCUGCUGACCGCUGUCCAGCGUUUCAAGACAAAGACCUUUGCCAACCCUGAGGAUCUUAUGUCCCCCAAGCUGAAGGUCAAGUUCGAUGAUCCUAAUGUAGAGCGUGUGCGUCGGGCCCACCGCAACGAUCUGGAGAACAUUCUUCCCUUCUUCGCCAUCGGUCUUCUGUACGUGCUGACAAAUCCCUCCGCCUGGCUGGCCAUCAACCUUUUCCGCGCCGUGGGUAUCUCCCGCAUUGUGCACACCUUGGUGUACGCCGUGGUCGUUGUUCCCCAGCCAUCCCGUGCACUUGCCUUCUUUGUGGCUCUGGGUGCCACCGUCUACAUGGCUCUCCAGGUCGUACUGUCGGCUGCUUUCUAAAUAAGAAAAAUAGUAUAGUCCUUAAAAUUCCAGAAUAAUUUCAAUUUGUUUAUAUAAUUUUGAAAAUAUAAAAGGCUUUGGCUCUUGUUCAGUAA